GUGCCGGGCGGGUGCCCCUGGAGCCCAGCGCGGUGCCGGCCCCUCCCCCACCCGUGCGCACCUUCUCGCUGGAGGACUUCGAGGUGGGCCGGCCGCUGGGCAAGGGCAAGUUCGGGAACGUGUACCUGGCGCGGGAGCGGCGCUCCGGCUUCCUGGUGGCCCUCAAGGUGCUCUUCAAGUCCCAGGUGGAGCAGGAGGGCGUGGAGCACCAGCUGAGGCGCGAGAUCGAGAUCCAGGCCCACCUCAGGCACCCCAACGUGCUCCGGCUCUACAAUUAUUUCCACGACCGGCGCCGCGUCUUCCUCAUCCUGGAGUUCGCGCCCCGCGGGGAACUCUACAAGGAGCUGCAGCGCUGCCGGCGCCUGGACGCCACCCGCACGGCCACGCUGAUGGAGGAGCUGGCGGACGCGCUGCUCUACUGCCACGGGCGCAAGGUGAUCCACCGCGACAUCAAACCCGAGAAUCUCCUGCUCGGCCUCAAGGGGGAGCUCAAGAUCGCCGACUUCGGCUGGUCCGUGCACGCGCCCUCGCUCAGGCGCCGCACGCUGUGUGGCACGCUGGAUUACCUGCCCCCCGAGAUGGUGGAGGGCGGCGGGCACGACGAGAAGGUCGACCUGUGGUGCCUGGGCGUGCUCUGCUACGAGCUGCUGGCCGGGCACCCCCCCUUCGAGAGCCCCUCGGCCGCCGACACCUACCGCAGGAUCACCCAGGUGAGCGGGCACACCUGGGCACACCUGGGCACAGCUGGGCACCGAUAUCACCUGAAAACUGAGCAAAAACUGAGCAAAAACUGA